AUGGAAAAGGAGGAGGGUUUAAUUUCUUCAAGUCCUUCUGAAUCUGAUAAGAGUUGUGAUUAUUUGGUACCCCAGCCGGCCUCUGUUCAAGGGAGGAUAAUAGGUCCUACAAGACGAUCAAAGAAAGGUGGCUGGACAGAGGAGGAGGAUAAUAUUUUAACUAAUGCAGUCCAAACAUACAAUGCCAAAAGCUGGAAAAAGAUUGCUGAAUGUCUUCCUGAUAGAACAGAUGUUCAGUGCCUGCAUCGCUGGCAGAAAGUUCUAAAUCCCGAACUUGUUAAAGGGCCCUGGACCAAGGAGGAAGAUGACCGAAUCAUUGAAUUGGUCCAGAAGUGGGGAAAAAAGAAAUGGUCUGAGAUUGCCAAGUUCUUGCCAGGCCGUAUAGGCAAGCAAUGCCGAGAAAGGUGGCACAACCAUUUGAAUCCGGAUAUUAAAAGAACUGCAUGGACUAAAGAAGAGGAACUGACUCUCAUUAAGGCUCAUAAAAUAUAUGGGAACAAGUGGGCUGAAAUUGCAAAGAUUCUGCAGGGAAGGACUGAGAAUUCUAUAAAAAAUCACUGGAAUUGCUCAUUAAGGAAGAAGUUAGAUUACAUUUUGGCUACCGGAUCUGAUUCAUACAAUUAUCAACAAUCAACAGAGAGCAGAAAUCCUGAGGUUGUAAAACAGAAUCUUGAGCAGAGAGUCAACUCUAAACUGGAUUCGGGUCAAGAAACUGCUACAAGAAGGGAAACUCAUGUAAAAUUUUCAAGUGGAGAAAAUUAUAGGUUUCUGAGAAGAGGGGAUGAUGUUAUGAUGAGUAAAUCAUCAUUAACAAGCAAUUCUUUUGGGAAAGGUGCAGCUACGUGUCUUCUGACCACUAACGGAAAUCAGAAAAUUCCUAACAACGCAGCCGUGCUCAGGGAAUCAUCACAUAAUACACCUGCUAACAAGCCUUCGAGAGCAAUUUAUGGAUCCCCAAAUACCUCUUUCAAUAGUCCAUUAUUUGGUAAGCCAACUGAUCAAAAGAGAAGUAAUAAUGUCGAAGCCACUGGAAACCUAGGGAAUAGGUGUCUCGGUUUCUUGUGCUACAAGCCACUCCAGCUAGAGGAUUUGAACAUAUUUUUGGCGACCGGUAGAUUUCCAAGUACAGAUAGCUACAUCCAGACAGCUUCUACUCCAAUUUUGCGUCGUCCAUUAACAAGCCAAGAUAGAGAAACACCUCUACCAAUCAACAAAAGCAGUCCGGAUUCCAUAUUGAGAAGUUUAUCCAGCCAGUUCAAGAAUACACCAUCUAUCAUAAGAAAAAGAAAAGUGUUUGAUAAACAAGACAGCAAUAAUGCUAAUCACAGAAAUGAUGUUUACUCUGAGAAAAUCAUGAGUCUCUUGAACAACAGCCCUCAGUUCCGACGCGCUCAUCCUUAUAGUAGAUAUGCUGUCAAUGGUAAGCUUCAAUCUCGAAAAUAUGGAACUUCUGCUCUCAUUAAGUCCGUAGAGAAACGCCUAGAGCAUGCUUUUGACGUCGAAUGGAAUGCUGCCAAAGCCAUAACCAGAAACUCAAAUCUACAUUAUCCUUCUGCUGCCAAUUCUCGUUAAAAGUCCAUUUGGUUUGUUUUGAUCCUCAAGCUUCUGUGAAGAGACUAUGCUGCUUGGCUUGCCCAUCUGGUGAAUAUGAGUUUGAAAAGUGAAACUCUGCCCAUCUCUCCUUUACUAUUCUUCCCUUUAGCCUUACGAAACUCAUAUGCAACAAUAUGAGUGGCUUGGAUUUGAUGCAGAUGUUAUUUUCUGAUGGAUCAUGGGCAAUUCCAUGUAGAAAAUGUACAAAGCAUAA